AUGCAGCAAACGCCAGGUGCAAAUAUCGACAGUUACGACGAGAAGGAACGAGGAGGCAAGCUCAGCUCGAUUCACGAAGUCGCCCAGGACCUCAAUGGUAAUGCGAUUAAUUAUGCCUUUACCACUGAGGAGGUGGAACGAUAUUUGUUGGAUCCGAAACUGAAUGCACAAGUUCUUCGAUCGUAUGAUUGGCGUAUCUUACCUACGACGAUGUUGAUGUAUUUGUUCUCGGCACUUGAUCGAGGAAAUGUGUCCAACGCCAAGUCUGAUCAUAUGGAUCGGGAUUUGGGUUUCACCGGGAACCAGUGGAACAUCAUGCUUACGGUCUUUUUCAUUCCGUACUGCUGUAUGGCAUACCCUGGUACAUUCAUGAGUAAGAAGUUCGGUCCCAACCGGAUGCUCCCAAUUUACAUGUUUGGAUGGGGAGCAAUGGCGAUGAUCAACGCAGGUGUAACAGGUUUCGCUUCAUGUCUGGUAGUCAGAUUGUUGCUCGGAAUCUUCGAAGGAUGCUUCGCCGCUUCCCUCAUCAUGUAUCUCGCAUGUUUUUAUACCAGAGGGGAGCUAGGUAAACGAAUGGCUUGUUGGUACAGUACCGUAGCAAUAUCGGGAGCGUUCUCCGGCCUGUUGUCCUACGGACUGUUCCAAGCCAAGUCUAAACUUCACGGUUGGCAGCUUUUAUUCGUGGUCGAAGGCGGCCUCACCAUAGUUAUGGCUGUGAUCUCAUGGUUCGUCUUACCCAAAUACCCCACCGAGGCUAGUUUCUUGUCUCCCGAACAGAAGGUUGCUGGAGUCAUGCGGCUUCUAAAGGACGCAACAGUAGCGGUCAACACCACCAUGACGUUCAAGGACUAUAUCGAGCCUGCCAAACGAUGGGAGACAUGGGUAUGGGGCUUCUAUGCAAUUAUUUAUGGUGUAGCCAACUCCACAGCGUCUGUGUUCUUGACCCAGAUCAUAGGCAGAUGGGGCUACUCCACCGUGAAGACAAACCUUCUGACCGUUCCUCCAUAUUCGGUAGCAGUCAUAGUAAUGUGGGUCUUUGUCAUUUCCUCGGACCGACAUCGUGAAAGAACACUCCACGUCAUGGGAUCGAACGCACUUGUUCUGAUCGGAUGUAUCGUCCUUGGCAGUAUCUCGAUCAAAAAGAUAGGUGUUGGGUAUUUCUGUACCUUCCUCAUUGCGUCGGGAAGUUUCAUUCCUACUGUCCUCUUCCAAAGUUUCGUGCAAAACAACACCACCAAGGAGAAUCAUAGAGCCUUCCGAGCCGCUGUCUGUACCUUCGGAGCUAAUGCAGGUGGCAUCGUAUCCGCCAACAUCUUCUUAUCGCAAUUCGCCCCCCAAUAUGUUACUCCAUUGAUUGUUUCUGCGGCUAUCGCGGGCUUAGGUAUCGUAGUCUUGGGAAUUUUGAGGACAUACAUGGUUUUGGACAAUCGUCGUCGUAAUAGGGAACAAGGUGUAAAUUGGACCAGCAAGGACGUUCCAACGGCCGCCCUGAAGGACGGUCCCGCUGGUCCUUCUUGGAGGCACUUCUACUAG